UCGGGUUAUAUGUACACAUGGUCCGGUCAAGUCCAGUCUAAUCAUGACAAUAGCAAAUGAUAAGACAUGGUAGUGAUGACCUGCGAUGACAAUAGCGUCAGUGUGCCCACUCCUUUUUCUUUCUGGUCCACAUGUCUUGGUCUCCCAAUAAAUCCAGAUUUUGUUGGAAUUUCCUGGUUUUACUUUUAACAAACAAAAAGAGAUUGACGGAAUUGAAUGACACAUCAUUUUUCAUUACCACGGUUAAACAAACGUGGUCAUUCAUCUCAUUCCAAGUAGUCCCAAGAAAAUUAAGUAAAGAGUUGUCACUUUUUAUUUCCAAGUAUUUUGUCGUAUUUCUAUUUACACUGUGAUUAUUAGUUAAAUUUAAUUGCAGCAAUUAUCACUUAUCGUUACUUGCUCGACUGCUGGAGAGCAGAUGCGGGCGGACAGCAUAAGAACAUUGCAUGCAAAAAAAAUUGAAAAGGGAUUCAUGAGUUUACUAGUGCAACCGGAUGGAGUUCAUGUUUCUGGGAAGAACGUGGCAUAAUGGCAAUAAGUUUUAGCAGCUUUUUUUGUAUGUAUAUAUGGACACUUAUUGUGGGCUACGAAUCAUCAUGAUUAGCUGCGUCAUUAUUCCUGAGUCAUCCACCUUCUCUGAACUUGAGUGCGGGCACACAGACACAGAGAGAGAGAUGAGAUUUUUACAAUUCGCAAAAGCACACUUUUUAUUCGCGAGUCUCAUUCAUUGAUGGGAUUUACGGCACGACACAGUCCAGAGGUGCUGCUCGUACAUAUGCAGAGUUUACAUAGUUAUUGUCUGCCUGUGCGUCAUGUGUUGUUCAUCAUCAUCACAUUCAAAGGCAUGAAAUCUGUGACGAAGAGAUGAGACUGAAUUUGUGAUGUGAUUCAGGCUUUUUCUUGCGUGCAUUCCCUUUUGCCAGGUUUUUUUUACGAAAUGUGCAUCAUCUCCUCUCGCAAUCUCAUAAUAAUAAUCUCAUCUCCAGAAAUGGCUCUCUCUCAAUUUACUCUCCCAGCUCCGUCUCCAUUUCGUAAGAAUUGUUUAAGGAAGCGUUAAAUUGUUGUGGCCAGAAAGAUCCUGCUGAAUCUGUUAUUGAGAAUUUGAGACAAACUCAGUUGUAAUUUUUUCCAUAUUGACAACUUAAAUCAUGAUAAAUACUUGGCCUUGUUGUACUUUGCACCAGCAGCAGUCGUUAUAUUUUGUAAUGACGUUGUCGUAGCGUGCUGCUGGAGGUGAGGAGGCAGAAAGAGUUUCAUGCUCUCAUGCCACGCCGAACGCGGUAUAAAAUAUUGAGCAAGGAAGAGUUGCAUGGAAGCUAUUUAAUUGAAUAAGACCAUUUACACCGGAUACCCUGAGUUAUUCAUAGUCGGCGAAGCAUUCAUAAUUUUUUCUCCAUUCCGGAUGCCAUAACCUACGCCAACAUUUCCCAUGUCCACGUUCUGGCUCCCCAACCAUGAACCAUAAGCAAUCACCUCCCACUUCAGAGCAACCUGGUUCAAACACUGCAACCUCUCUUAAUGACAUGAGUACUACUGCUCUCCUCUUCCCAACCACCCCCACGACCGUACCCUCGCCCCGAAGUGGUACUAAUAACGGCAACAAGGAAGCCUCCUUCAAAUGCGAGCAUUGCGGGCGUGGCUUCCUUUUCAAGAAUAAUUUAAAGGCCCAUUUACGGACUCACACUAGGGAUCGUAAAUACACUUGUGAUCUCUGCCAAAAGUCUUUCAUCUACAAAGAGAGCUUAAAGAAUCAUAUGCUUCUUCAUUCAAACGAACUUCCCUACAACUGCGAUAUAUGCGGGAAAAAGUUCCGCGAUAGGUCUAAUCGUAGGAAACAUGUAAAAAAUGUGCACAAGUAUUUGCUCAAUCAACCCGCCGGGGGCGGCGGAGAUGCAAGUGGCGUUGCUACUCCGAGCGGAAGUGGGAGCGGAUCUACUACACCUGAUCAAGUAACUAAAACUAGGAGGAAACGGACACCAAAGGUGGAAGGAGGUGGAAGAAAGGGAAAGAUGAAUGAAACAAUUACUUCUUUAGAGGAUGAAAAUGCGUCCUCUUUAGGAUUUGAAAUGACAACGCAUAAGUUAUCCUCCAUCCAAUUACAUCAUCAUCAACACCACCGUUCGCUGGAUGUGGUUUCGUCAUCAACAAGUAAUCAUACCCAGACAAGCUCACACUAUAGUCAGAGCCACUACCAACAGCCACACCCACUUUUGCUUUCUUCACCUUCCCUACAAAGCAGUUUAGUGAAAAGAGAACCGGGCGAGGUGUGGCAUCCUACUCAAGUUCCACUCUAUUUACAAGAUGAUGGUGGUCAUCAUCAUUACCCACAUCAUCAUCCGCAGCAACACAGUAAUUACCCUGGAGGUAUUAGCAGUGGAGGUAUUAGUGGACAAUCUGACACAAAACCAGCUCUCUUGCCUCCUCCACAGGAUGACCAUUACACGUCAUAUAUGGAUCAGUAUCAUCAUCUUCACCAGCAGCAGCAGCAACAACAUCAGCACCACAACCCGCAGCAGUACAUUCAUCACCAAUACUGGAAUACUCAGGCAGCUUCCAGCGGGGGUCCUUAUUCCGGUAACAGCAACAGCAGCGCUGGUGCCCCACCGCCGUCGUAUCAUUUAUUAGGUACCGUUGCGCCAAGUACUAGGUCUCCUCCUGUCCUGGAAGGAUACUCAUCGUCAACACCCAGCCACCCACACGCCACGCCGACAGGGUCGUCGUUAGCUCAUGGGAACAAUCAGCCAACGCCACCCGUUACAACUGCUGCUACUACGACGAGCAACGGUGGUGCUAAUCCUCCACCCGUGUUUUUGUACAAGGACUUGUCACAGUUCGAUUUUAGCUAUUUGUAGUGUUUUUCUGAGUGUACUGUAUUCAAGUCUAAAUCAAUCACAAAUAGUCAAUUUCCACUCAACAAGGAGAAUAAGAAUGAUACUUAUUGUAUUUA